GGUGAAAAGACUUGAUAUGAGGGUUUAAGUAAAAUGAUGGGCGAUCAAUUUAGAAAAGUAGAGCAAUAUUCGCCUAAAUCAUCGCCUAGAGGAGCUAGGUCACCAGUUGUUUCUCGUCAGGAUUCCUCGGGUACCUUGAAAACAACAAUUUUACUAUCUGGGAAAAACCCCUCUAUAAUUCCCAGUGGACCUUUUUAUUUGAUGAAAGAACCACCAGGAGAAUCUGAACUGACAGGAGCUAAAAACUUAAUGGUGUAUUAUGACUUGGAACAUUCAUACACAAAGUUCAGUGGAAAGAAAUUGAAGGAACAGUUAUCCUCCUUUCUACCAACACUUCCAGGAGUAAUUGAUUCUCCCGGACAACAUGACAAUAGUUCAUUACGCUCAGUAAUAGAAAAGCCUCCUAUCGGUGGAAAAGAAUUGUUACCACUAACUAGUAUGCAGUUGGAUGGAUUUCGACUUCAUCCAGGCCCACUUCCAGAACAAUAUAGGUAUACUAGUACGAUUCCCAUGAAAAAGAAUAAAAAUAAGCAUAAAAAGCAUAAACAUAAGGAAGGGGGAACACCAAACCAGGAAACUGCUGUGACAGAUGCUGGUGUAGAUACACAUGAAAAGAAACAUAAAAAACAGAAAAGACAUGAUGAGGAUAAAGAGAGGAAGAAAAGGAAAAAAGAGAAAAAAAGAAAAAAACAGAAGCACAGUCCAGAGCAUAGUGGAGGACUAACACCAAGUCAGCAUUCUAAUUUAUAACCCAAACUUUUUUAUAUGUAUUAUCUAAUAACAAGAUUUAUUAUAGAUAUUGAAGAUUUAA